AUGCCGGCGGAGGCGGGGCAGCAGGCGGACGGUGCGUGUUCCCACGGGAUGAAGCUCAGCUGGGACAUCAACGACCCGCAGAUGCCUCGGGAGCCAGACCACUUCGACCGCUUCUGCGAGUGGCCGGACGGCUACGUGCGCCUCAUCUACCGCAGUGGCGAGAAGAAGGCGCAACGCCAUCUGAGCGGCUGGGCCAUGCGGAACACCAACAACCACAACGGCCACAUCCUCAAGAAGUCGUGCCUGGGCGUGGUGGUGUGUGCGCGGGACUGCACCCUGCCCGACGGCUCCCGUCUGCAGCUGCGGCCUGCCAUCUGCGACAAAGCCAGGCUGAAGCAGCAGAAGAAGGCAUGCCCCAACUGUCAUGCUGCUUUGGAGUUGAUCCCCUGUCGAGGGCACAGCGGGUACCCUGUAACCAACUUUUGGCGGCUUGAUGGCAAUGCAAUAUUUUUUCAGGCCAAGGGAGUUCAUGAUCACCCAAGACCAGAGAGUAAAUCAGAGACAGAAGCUCGAAGAAGUGCUAUCAAGAGACAAAUGGCUUCUUUUUACCAACCCCAGAAAAAGAGAAUUCGAGAACCCGAGGCAGGAGAGAAUCAAGAUAACGGUGGCCAUUUCAGCAACAUACCUUCCCUGGAGAACCCAGAGGAGUUUGAUAUAAUCCCUGACACUGGCUUCCCUGUUCCAGGGCAGCCUUGCUUUUCCUUUCCAAACUCGGAUGCUUACAAAGCUACCUGUGACCUAGCUGCCUUUCAAGGAGAUAUAGUACCACCCUUUCAGAAAUAUCCAAACCCAAGAAUCUUUUUGCCUAGGCCACCCUGCAGCUAUGAAUUGGUAGGCCCUGGUUACACAAAUUCAGGCCCGUAUUAUCCCACCCUUUAUAAAGAUGCCAGCAGUAUUCCUGAUGACACGGACUGGGUUCAUCUGAAUGCACUGCAAUACAAUAUCAACUCCUACGGCAGCUUUGAGAGAAGCUUUGAUUUCACCAGUAAACAGCCUGGCUGGAAACCAGCUCUUGGAAAAGCUGACCUUGGGGAGAGCACUGACCAUGGACAGUUCCAGGCCGCGGCCGCUCGCCCUUAUUACAACCCAGAGCUUCCCUCCAGGUACCUCACGACGGCCCCACCAUCUGCUCCAGCCCUGCAGACAGUGAUCACCACCACCACCAAAGUGUCCUACCAGGCCUACCAGCCCCCUGCUCUGAAAUGCUGUGACAAUGUGCGGGAAGUUACGAGCCUUUCUGGCUGUAACUAUGAUUCUGAAAACACCCAAAUGUCCAUUUAUCUGGAAGACUUGGACCUUCCAGCUACAGUCGCCAUGGCAGCCUCUCCAACAGCAUCACUUCCUUUGAAAAUUCCUGGAGAUUGCCGGACCAUCAGACACACUUUGCCUUUUCCUCAAGACUCAGCACCCUCCUGGACAGACGGAGCAGAGACGUGGGAUGUGUGUCCAUCUGGACCGGGGUCUACAAUUGGUUAUUCAGAGAGAAUCAGUCCGUUCUUUAGCUAUGACCAUGAGGACUUUUGAACAACAGUCCUGGGGCACAGCAUAAUAUUGGUCUCCAUGCAGGCGGUAGAA